AGUUGUUGCCUUGAGUCGGGCUUAGAUUUGAAUGACGACUAUACGAGUGAGAUUGAUUGAUUUAUACGAUUUAUGUCUGUACUGUAUGUACGAUCCUGUAACGAGUAUGUUUGGAAGAUCGAUUACGGAUCCGUUUUAAUAACGGACAUCUUCGUCGCGAAAUGAUAUGAUUAGUGUAACAAAGUCAGCAUGGCAGAGGCAAGUAAUAAUGACAGUGGUGUAUCGAGUCUGGCCGACGACACGAUAGGAAAUAUGUUUAGCGACGAGUUUCCAAGUGAUUUACAAGAGAUAGUGUCGGUUAAAACGGAAGACAGCAUUUUGCAAGAAGUAUCAGAACAUAUCAAAUGCACUACAAAAUCAAACAAUCAGCAUAGAAUACAAGAUGAUAAGGAACCAAAUGCCGAAGGGAAUAUUGAAGUUAAUUGCAAAGAAAAUCAUAAGGCAGAGUUGCAAAAGCAGGUCGAGAUUGGAGAAAUUACUCCAUUUGAAGCAGUAUUUAAACAGAUAGCUUUAGAGCAAAAAGAAAGGAGUGCCAAUAAAAGUUCUCAAUUGUCUGAUCUUGAGAAGUACUUCAAACAACAAGCUGCUCUUGCUGAACAAAAGAGAAAAUUAAAGACUGUAUCUAAGACACCUGACAAAGAUACAGUACCGAUCAAAAAAACGAAAUUACUUGAUACUGAUACAAGAACAAAUAAAAAAUGUCAAAAAUCUAAACAUGAAAACAGCAAAGAUAACACUGUGCAAAGUAUUGACAAGACAGACUCCAAUGAAGCAAAUGAGAUUAUUGACAACAGUUCAGAAAGCGAAUAUAUUCCCAGUGAUAAUGAAGUGGAUUCCGACAUGGAGACUAAAGUUUCAUCUAAAAAAAGAAAAACUUCAGUCAAAUCCGGCUGCAUCCGUACAAAAAGAACUCGAGAUGAUGGAGAUAAUCAAUUAUUCAAGCAAAGAGUAGAAACAAAUACUUAUCCCAAAGAUGAAGCAAUGCACAAAAUUGAUACUCUCUUUAAAAUGCCACAAUGUAUUUGGGAAAAAUUAUACAGAUACAGAGGAUUAGGCCCGACUAUAAUUGUGUGUCCUGCUACUUUAAUGGAGCAAUGGGUGAAGCAUUUUCACGAAUGGUGGCCUUUCUUCAGAGUCGUUGUGCUUCACCAUUCUGGUGGCUACAAUGGUGAUCCAGAAAGUUUGAUAGAAUCUUUACAAACUGGCGGAAUACUUAUUACUUCUUACAACGGAGUCCUCAAACACAAAGAUUUGCUUGUCUCUAGUCAAUGGCAUUAUGUUAUUCUGGAUGAAGGCCAUAAGAUUCGUAACCCACAAGCAAAGGUAAGCCGAGCGGUGAAGCGAUUUUCCACUCCGCAUCGAUUGCUGCUGACUGGUAGUCCAAUGCAGAAUUCUCUGAAGGAACUGUGGUCCUUGUUUGAUUUCAUUCUACCUGGCAAAUUGGGCACGCUACCUGUAUUUCUUGAACAUUGCGCGAUGCCCAUAACACGCGGUGGUUACGCAAAUGCCACGCCGUUACAAGAAGCAACGGCUCUCCAAAUAGCCACUAUGCUGAAAAACACUAUUACACCAUACAUGCUUCGAAGGACAAAGAUUGAUGUGAAGCAUCACCUCACCCUACCGGAGAAAAACGAACAGGUAUUAUUUUGCAGCUUAACAGAUGAGCAAAAGAAAUUAUAUAAAAAAUAUUUAUGCUCCGAUGAUGUUUCUUUUGUUUUACACGAGAGAAAUUAUUGUAGUAGCGGAAGAUACAGGGCGAGGUUUCUCAUUGCUUUAUCAACAUUGAGAAAAAUAUGUAAUCAUCCGGAUCUGUUUUUGUACACCAGAGAACAAGAUUGUGAUGAAGAUAUCGAUUUGUCCAACGAACAAAUAGAGAAGUUCGGAUAUUAUAAACGUGCUGGAAAAAUGAUAGUGGUCCGAUCUCUUCUGAAAAUCUGGCAGAAACAAGGUCAUAGAGUGCUACUGUUUACUCAGGGAAGACAGAUGAUGCACAUUUUGGAAUCUCUUUUGCAACGUGAAAAGUAUACUUAUUUAAGAAUGGAUGGAACAACAGCAAUGUCUCAACGGCAGCAAACGAUUCAAAAAUUUAACAAUGACUCGUCAUAUUUUGUCUUCUUGCUGACAACACGCGUAGGAGGCCUAGGAAUAAACCUGAUCGGUGCGAAUCGAGUAGUUAUUUAUGAUCCCGAUUGGAAUCCAGCUACAGAUGCUCAAGCGAGAGAACGCGCGUGGAGAAUAGGUCAGAAUAAGCAAGUCACUGUCUAUAGAUUGAUUACUGCUGGCACGAUUGAGGAAAAGAUAUACCACAGACAGAUCUUCAAGUUACUACUUUCGAAUAAGGUUCUUGAUGAGCCACGCCAACGUCGACUAUUUAAACCAACGGAUCUGGUGGAGUUAUUUAAUCUAAAUGAGCCAAUAACCGGCGAAUUUUCCGAAUCGGAUCGCUUGUUUAGAGAAUCUAAAUUGACACCCAGUGGCUUUUCUCUCAGUAAAAUCGAGCAGAUGAAAAAGUUAGCGUCGAUUCUCAGUAAGAAAAUAAGCGCUAAUGUAAAAUCGAUGCGCGAUGAAAAUGAAAAUAAUAGCACUUAUAAAGAAAAAUAUGAUGAACAAAAUGAUAAUUCAAGACGCAUCGAUACUCUUGCCACAAAAAAUGAUUUGCUUGUGAACCAAAACUUAUCUUCCGAUCAAAAUAAUACACAAAAAUCUCCGAGCAAAUGUAAUGAAGAUUUCGAUAUGAAUUCUGAUGCAAAUAUUGAAAGAAAUAGUAAUAUAGAAAAUGAAAAUACAUUUAAGGACAAUUGUGAACAGAAUGUAAUUCCAGUGAGCUCUCUAGAUAAUAAUUCAGUGAAAAAAAAGAAUAAAAUUGUUUUAAGUGACGAUAAACUUACGCCAUCGUCUACUCGUAAACGAAAAAAACACAAAAAAAAAUCGAACAGUGCAAAUAUUUCUGCGAUGUUUGAGGGAGAACGUGUUUCUUGCCUAAUCGGUCGUCGUCUGGGACGUUCUAUUGAAAGAGAAGAGUCAGUUUCAACCGCAGAUGACGACUAUGUGUUAAGGAAACUAUUCGCCAAAUCAACUGUUAGUUCGGCCUUCCAACAUGAAGCAGUAUUAUCAAAUGCGCGUCAUAAUAGCGAUAAUGAAAACACAAUGCAACGUUUUGCACGUGAAUCUGCGCAAGAAAGCAUGGAUUUCAUUCAUCAAUCAGGGAAACAUUGUUGGAGACCAGCAUAGGAUAACCUAUAGUUUGUGUUGACAUUGUAUGUUUAUUUUUUUCUAUAAAUUUUUUAUAUUACACAC